AUGCUCGUAGUAAAACAUGCUCAUAAGAAUUUGCAGCAGCAAAAUAAUCUAAAUGACUUAAAUGAUGGCAAAAUAGCAAAAGAAGUGACCUUACCAAUAGAACCAUUAUGGAAUUCUGUGGCGCACGUAGCAACACACUUACUAGUCGAAGGAUUUUCUAAUGUAAAAAAAUGUUCCGCUGGUGGUCGUGCACUUAUGCAGUUGGAUUUUACGAAUUUUAUGUCGUUACUCGAAUUGAUAUCAACUCUAAAAUUUCCUGAACAUCGUUCCUAUGUUGAUGGUUUUAUAAAGGCAUAUUACUUCUCAAAUGAGCAGUUUGAGGAAUGGAUUGAAACGCAAAAGAAUCUCGAACAAUAUUCCGCAAAACAACUUACAAAUUUAAUACAGUGUGUUUGCGUUAGUGAUAAACGAACCAGACAGAAACUACUGAGUCUCUUGGGUAAUGCCAACAACUUAAAUACAAGUACAACAAGCACAUAGUUGCUCUUGCAACGGAAACAUGCAACCAAAUGUUGCAGCACAAAUAUUUUUAUUAUGUAUUAUUUUUGGUUUUUAUUGUAUAUUUUUUUUUUGUAUUUU